UAUAUUAUGUAGCAGUGGAUUUACGACGGUAACCGGCUACUCAACGCAUCGACCGUAUUUUAUUAUUAUUAUUAUUAUUAUUAUUAUUAUAUACCAAUAUAAUAUCUUGUGCAGACAUUUUUACCAUCGUCCAUCCGGUUCAGUGGCCAUUUCUCCUUCCGAGCGUGCGUGUAUUUGCCAAUCGGUUUAUACCUACACUGUAGUGGAAUCGAUCGUCCGCGGAGCGCACGUUUACUUCUAUUUCAAAUUGACCGUCGAAAGACUAACAUUAUAAAACACAUACGACAGUGCGAAAUAAUAAAAUAUCAUGCACAGUAAAAUUUUCCACCAUGGAUGUCGCAAGUGGUUAGCAUAUUAGCAUUUUUGAUACGUAUUAUAAUAUAAUAUCAAUAUUUAUUCGAUAUUUCUUUAACUUAAAUCGUGUCAUCUACGUAUUUCCUUAAACGCGUUGGUGUAAAAAAACGUUUUAAAAUAAUUGUUUCGGUAGUGUGAUACAAAAAUACAAAGAGAAACUCGCACGCAUUUUGCACGCAACGAGGACCGAGGGUCGUCUCUGACGCAACAUGGAUAUCCAAUUCGAAGACUUAACGUACGAGGUGAAGCCACCGUUUUGGAAUACCAAAGUUCCGCCAAGAACGAUAUUAAAGUCUGUAAAUGGCCGAUUUGCAGCUGGCGAACUCGCAUGCAUUAUGGGACCGUCGGGUGCAGGAAAGAGCAGUUUACUUAAUGCAUUAUCCGGUUACAAUUAUAAAGGCGUAAGCGGGACUUUGAAGUUAAAUAAUCAAGUCAGGGACGAGAAGUUAUUCCGCAAGUUAUCAUGUUACAUAAUGCAGGAGGACAAGAUUCAGCCUAUGUUAACUUUAAACGAAGUGAUGAUGUUCGCUGCGGAAUUUAAAUUAUCUAAUGGUACACUUACCAAAGAAAAACAAAUUAUUGUGACAGAGAUUCAAAAUGUCUUGGGACUAUCCGAAAGCAAACACACGAGGACCGAAUUCUUGUCGGGAGGCCAGAAAAAGCGGUUGUCUAUUGCUCUAGAACUUAUCAACAACCCGCCCAUAAUAUUUCUCGAUGAACCUACUAGUGGCCUGGACAACGUUUCCAGCACGUACUGCUUACAGCUGUUGCGUGGGCUCGCGCACCAGGGCCGCACCAUCGUGUGCACCAUCCACCAGCCGAGCGCCAGCAUGUUCCAGCUGUUCGACAACGUGUACGUGCUGUCCCAGGGAUACUGCGUGUACCAGGGCACCACCGACCAGCUAGUCCCGUUCCUGUCCACUGUCGGGCUGCACUGCCCGCUGACGUACAACCCGGCCGACUACAUAAUCGAGGCCACCGACGGCGAGGAACAGGACAACAUCGAAAAAUUAGCCGCGGCCACGGCCAACGGCAAGCAGUCGCUGUGCAAGACGAGAGACGUCAACAACUGUUACGAGGACACGACCAAAGCUUGUGAAUUGCUCUUGCCGGAACUUAACGGCAACGUUGUCACUUCCAAAUUACUCCCUUUGCCACCGAUCAAUUACAAAGCUAUAGGUGACGAAGUGGACAUCGACGACGAUGACGUGAUAAAACCCAGCAAUACUUGGUGUGUGGACUUUCCGACUUCCGGUUGGUCGCAGUUUUGCACGCUUUGGAAACGUAUGAUCUUGCAGAUGUACAGGAACAAGAUUGGUCUAAACAUACAGUUUUACCAUCAUCUCAUCUGUGGCCUGGCGGUAGGUAUUGUGUUCUACGACAAGGCGAACGACGGCGAACAGUUCUUCAACCAUAUGAAAUUCUGCAUGGGCAAUAUUCUCUUCCACACGUUCACGCAGUCGAUGGUCCAAGUACUUGCAUUUCCGUCCGAAGUAAAACUGCUAAAACAAGAAUACUUCAAUAGAUGGUAUAGCUUAAGGCCAUAUUUCUUAGCGUUACAAUUAUCAAGAGUGCCGACCAUUAUAUUUUUUAGCAGUAUAUAUACGACUUUGGUAUAUUUCAUGUCCGGGCUACCAUGUGAACUCUUACGAUUUUCAAUGUUCAAUAUUAUUUGUCUAUUGGUUUGUUUUGUCUCCGAAGGAAUGGGACUACUUGUAGGAUCUAUAUUCAACGUGACGAACGGCAGCGCAGUUGGUCCAAUGAUGAUAGCGCCGUUUUUGGGGCUGGCCAUUUAUGGGUUUGACUUUGCGCACCAAGUACCAUGGAUCAUGGAGUUCGUAAUGCAAGCAAGUUUCUUACGAUGCGGAGUCAUCGGGCUGGUCAUCACCGUGUUUGGAUUAAACAGGGAACCACUACAUUGCGACACGGGCUACUGUCACUUCAAAGACCCAAACAUCAUAAUUUAUUACCUGAACGUGGAUAGGAAGCAUCCAUACUUUGAGAUCAUCAAAUUGGUCGUUAUGCUCGUGCUGUAUAGGAUUUUCACGUAUUUCGCACUCCGGAGGAGGCUUACUGGCUAAAACGGCAACCAGUACAAUUUUUUUUUUUUGCCAAAAUGAACUUUAUUAUUUUAUCUUUUUGAUUAUUUUUCCCUAAAUAUUUAGUUA